CCUUCCCCCAGCAGCUCUCGUAACCUCUGCGUGCUCCGGCGACAAGCCUGUAAACCACACCGGGGCUAUUAAUUAAUUAAUGGCCUUCAGUCCAGCGCCUGGCGUCCUCAGAGCAGGACUGCGAGCAUUUGGAGACCCACAAAAGCAUUAAUGUAAAGGGAGGAGGUGGCCGUUUUUUCCCAAAGGCCAUCAAUCACCUGCACUAUUGUGGUCCUGCGCAGUUUUGUUUCGUCCAGGCUGAAGGAAGGGGAGGGAUGAGACGCGGGAGAAGAAGAGGGAAAAUGGCGAUGGAGGGGCCUGGGAAUCAGCCGCCAUCCCUGGUCCCUUUGCUGAUGAGCGUAACGGCGGUGUUGAUCUCACAUCAUUUCUUUAACGCGGCGGCCCAGAUACCAGACCCAGAGCUCCUGCCAACAGACCCUCCGAAAAAGCCAGACCCCGUCACCUCAGAAACAGUGGUGUUUUGGGGACUUCGAUUAUGGCAGGUUGUGGGCAUUUUCUCCAUGUUCAUCUUAGCAAUAACUCUCGUGGAAACCUCAGCACUCCUGACGGUCUCAGAGCAGGUACAGGCUCACGCUAGCGGACAACUUCCUGCUGUCAGGGAAGAAGAUGAACCAGCCAAUCCUGGCACUUAAACUGACGAACUCUUACUGUCAUGUGCACUUGCUGCUCUUUCUGCCUGUCUGUCUUCAGUCUGCGGUGCCUCAGAGUAGAAAAGCCUAUGCAGGCUAUUUAUGGGGAAGGUGGUGAAAUGUGCUGCAUGCAGUGUUCUUGUUUUGCCUGCCAUUAGAAUCUGCUGUCAGUAGAAGAAAGUCGCAAGUAUGAAUGUGAAUCUUUAGAAAAAUUCCGACUUGAGUGCAUCUCGGUUAAUAUAAUGUGAUGAACGAUUAAACAGCACACAUCUUC